CACCGGAUCCACCUUGCCAGUGUUGCCCCGAAAGCCAGCGCGCGUGCACCUCCUUUCUGUCACUGCCACCGUCGCUACACUCGUUGUCGUCAUCAUGAGCUGGCCAUCUGCAUACGGCUACAAGUACACCCCCAUCGGCCUCCGCCAGAGGGAGAAGAAGGAUGACUCCUCGGGGACUCGCUCCAUCUGCACCACCGUCCACCUGCCACAGGGCGGACACCUCCUCGACAUUGAGAGGCAGUAUGGCAUCGACGGCUCCAUGUCCAAGCGGGAGACGCAGAACAUGGAGCCCUCCUCCGUGCCCCCUGUCAUCCGGCCACCCAUCAGGGCCUCCUCGCCGAUGAACCCAGACUUCGAGAUGCCACGAGCCCUUACCAGCCCCUCUGAUUUCGAGCGACAGGCUGAUGACAUCAUUGCUAACUUCCGCGCCAGACAGGGAAUGCCCCUGGAGGCCUCCUCCUCAGCUCUUGCCACGGCGGGGGGGUCAAAGGCUUCCCUAUUCUCCUCCGGCGCCGCCUUGGCCUCGACCGAGCUGAGCGCAGCAGCCAAGGAGGAGUCAUCCAUGUUGUCCUCAACUUCGCGGGUCAGAAGGACACUGAGGAAGGUGGCAGAGGACGACUUCUAAAUAGUUGACGAAAAAGCUCCAGAACGAAACAUCCAUCCCUCGAUUCAUCUAUCAAUCCAUCCCCCUUUUAUCCGCUAGUCCACAACAAACUGGAUUUUAGGGCAACGACUGACUGCUGGUUAUAAGGGCGGAUCGCACGAACGAUCAAACAGGCUCCUGACUUCGACGUUUUAACCGCCUAUCGUCGAACGCGUUGGGCAGAGGGGUCACGGGUCUAACGACGUCUCUUCACAACUGCGAGGACGCCUCCGGAGACAUUCAAUAACUCUUGUUGUAAUGUGUGACGCAGCCGGAGACUUGUUUACACUUGCUCUCUGGGUUCGGAUGUGUUGGCUUUUUCACCCAUCGGUACAGAAGCAUAUCACUGAAGGCUCUGUAAGUCGUCACAGGGUCUCAGGCUCCGUCACGAAAAUAGAAUAAAAACAAAAUAAAAUAAAACAUAACAGCUUCACUCAGAGAAAUAUUAAAAAAAAGGCACAAACUCUGCUCAAAAAUGGAGACUGUUUUGUCUUGUUAAUUUUUGUUGAGCAUUUCAUACAAAAAUUCCUCUUGAUUAAAUUUCUACAGAUUUUUUUUUAAAGUUUGUAUUCGAAUUAAUUUUAAUUUAAGCUCUAUCACAUAUAUCCAUAAAUAUUUUGUAUAUAACAUUGGCAAACAUUGGUCAAGCACUGACAGGUUUGAUAAAAAAAAUGGAUAGGGAAAAUAGGCUGUAUUUUUACUCCUAGAAAUUGAUUUGGGUUUGUGUGUGUUGGUGUGUAACAAUGUUCCUCAACACACCUAUAGAACACUGACGAACAAUCGUUCUAUCAAAAACUGACUUAGCAGUUUUACUUUAUUGUCUUUUCGUGCAGAAUAAAUAUACACAAAGUUUAA